AUGAGAUGGAGUGAUGCGCGUCUCCAAUGGGAUCCUAAUAAAUAUGGGGGUAUUCGUCAGUUACACAUUCCCAGCACAGAUAUAUGGAUACCCGAUUUUGUGUUGUAUGACAAUGCGGCAGGCGAUCCGGACAUAACAAUUUUCACUGAUGCCCUAAUUUCGUAUAAUGGACGUGUUUAUUGGCAGCCCCCAGCAAUUUACAAAUCUUUUUGUCCAGUUAAAUUUAAAAAAAAAUAUUUUUAA